GCCGGGCGAGGGAGGAUUUUGCUUCCAUCCCUUAGCUUGUCUCUGCCUGCGUGUCCAUCUGUCUGUCCCUCUCUCUGACCAUCUGCUCCCUAGGGUUCGAUUUGAUGGCAGGCCAUUCGCAGUACAGUGCACCGCACACCUUUGCGGUAGUCACUUGCAGUAGUCACUUCUCCACCAGGAUGGUGGCUGUGGAGCACACAAACCACUUAUACAAGCAGCUCCCCCCUCCGAAGUGUCUGUCCUGGCUCUAUCGCCUCUCAGAGUUCAUCUGGCGGAGCUCCCAACAUGAGGGCAGCGAGUCCUGCAAACACAGCACCCCUCCAGGGACUGCGCCCCAGGAAGAGCGGGCACGGGAGGAGUAUCUCCUGCUGAGGCUGGUGUCUCUUCAGAAUGCUGAUGGCUCAUGGGACCUGGACUCCCAGCUGGCUGCCGCACUGGGAGUGAGCAAGACCGAUGCCAGGGGGAGGAUGCCCAGUAAGGACGUGCCCCCCAGUGUCUGGGCCACGGUGCUGGCCGUGGUCUGGCUGCACGGCCGGGCUGCGGGUCUGCGCGACGAGUGGGAGCUGCUGGAGGCCAAGGCUGUGGGCUGGGUGCGGGGCCAAGCAGGGCCCCGGCUGAGCGAAUGCCUGGAAGCUGCCAACACCCUGCUGGGGUGCACCGUUGGCCCUGCCGUCUUCAGGCUCUGAGCCCCCCUGCAGGAUCCCCAUUCCCACCCCCUAAGCUACCCCAACUGGGAAGCCCCAAAGGUCAGCAGGGGGCACUGGGUGUAGACCCACCUUGCUGGCCUGUGCCCAGCCUGGAGCUAACCCCCCACUGAGAUCCCAUCACUGCCACCAAUUUGGAUGCAUCCGGCUCCUGCUGGCUGAAGAGGCGCCAUGGCUGCCCCCCGGCUCCAUCCCACGCUGACCCAGCGUUCAGUAACCCCCACGCAGCUCACAGCUGCCACCUCCUCUCAGGAUUGUGUGGGGGAGUCCUCUGGAUUGCCCGUGUCAAUGGCGCACAUUUAUUCGCUUUUUCCAAAUGACCCUCCAUAGGUGGCUGCACUGACCUUGCCCUGCAUGAGCCAUCGAGUGUAAACCUAGUCCCAUCCGCACGGAGUUCAGCUGUUUGACAGACAGACUGACAGGAUCUUUGCGUGUCCAACACAACUUCAUUUGGUCAUAAUGGCAGAUAUCUCUUCGAUAGACCGUCCGGAACGUGAACCGUAGCCCACGGAUUUGCACACAUUAUUGAUUUGCUCUAUGUCCAAAGUAGAGCUGGUCAGACGUGUUCCAGCUGAACACCGUUCGGUUGGCAGCUGGGAUUCAGUGGGGAAGGCUGACAGGUGGAAGUGGGCAGCAGAGAGAGGACGCUGUGUGUUGUGAAUCUGUCCCCAUUCACCAGCUGCUGAAUUCUCUACCGAAGGAAGAAAUGCUUAAAACCUGGCCAUCCAUCCCGAUGGCCCACCUUGCGCAGCG